UAGUCAUGCACACUGGGAAUCCACAUCUCGCAACUUGCCUUGUUCUAUGGAGACGUUGGGAACCGAAGUUACCGAACAAGCCAAACAGCGCUGUACUGGUGGGUUCUACCCAAGGCCAUGAACGAGCCUUGAGAUGACAGUUAUGAGGUAUAUAAACGGGCGUCUUCUCUCCCUGAUCUAACUUCCGAAAUUUCAUCCUCAACCCUUUCAUCCACACCCUCCUCCUCGUCUUAAACGCCUUGAGUUAUAUAUCUCAGUCCAAAAUGCACUUCAGCCACGUUCUCCUCGGACUAGUCGCUUCGGCCUCGGCCAUCGAUGUUUACUUUCAUGGCUCCAGCGACUGCUCCGGCGGCGCCGCCGUUUGCACCGGCAUCAACCCCAACGUCUGCUGCACCGGCAACUCCGUCAGCGUGGCCUACCGCGGCGUCCCGACGAAUUGGCACAUCAAUGCCCAGGGCUAUUCCGGCGGUGGUUGCGGCUCGCCCAAGUGGCUGGCUGACAUCAAUGGACAGACUUGGUAUUGCAUGACUCCCAACUCGAGGUACAACUACACGGGGUCACGCUACUGGUUUGUCAGCCGCCGGCGUGCAGAGGACACCUGCGACAGCAACUGCACCGAGUCGGUGAAGCCUGACACGCUGGUGCUUGCGGAUGGGGCUACCAAGUAUGAUAUUGUCGGCUUGGACGAUGCCAAGGUUGAGGAACUGCUUACUAUUGCUAGUUCGGGGGUUGGUCCUGAAGGGAUGCCUGAGGAGCUCCUGGCGCGACGCAAGUAGAACACUGGUAGCAGCGCAGAAACCCUUCGAUGAGGAGACAAAAUCCCAAGCGUGAUGCGGCCGAGAUGAAGCGAUUCCUUCU